AUGCGAAUAUCAGAUAUAAACGAUUGGUUUAAAGUUGCUUUCGAGCAAGCAUAUAUUAAGUUUUUUGACUAUAAUUCUUUUGACACCAAAAAAGUAAUUGGUAAAGGAGGAUUUGGUACUGUAUUCAGUGCUUAUUCAAGUGAUACAGAAAAAACUGUAGCUUUAAAGAGUUUAUAUGCUGAGGGUUCGAUUGAUGAAGGAUUUGUUAGAGAGGUGUCAAAAACUUUACAAAGAUUAACCAUCAUGAUAAUAUCAUACGGUUUUUUGGAAUUACUCAAGCCUAAAACUGGAACAUACUAUAUGGUUCUUCAAUUUGCCAAUGAUGGAGAUCUUCGAUGUUAUUUGCAUAAUCAUUUUUCUCAGUUGGAUUGGCAAACUAAAAUUAGAAUGGCAAAGGAGAUCUCAA